AUGGAGGUGGUGCCCGUGCCCAUGGCGCCGGCCAAUGUUAACCCCUUCUCCUCUUACGUGACUGCACCGCCGAGCCCCCAGCAUCCCUUGGACUACUGCGGCUAUUACUGCUACACCAGUGCACCCACCAGCCCAUCGCGGGCUUCGGUCGUCUACCCGGCCGAGGCGUCGGACUUCGCCUUCUGCUUUGGCGGGCGGUCCGAGGGGGAGAAGCCGACGCCGGCCCUCGCCACUGCCGAUGAGCUUUUCGAGGAGGGGAUGAUCCGCCCCCUGAUGCUGCCACCUCGUCGGUCUCGUUGUUCGUCAUCAGCAGCCCCUGUUGUGACCAUGGAAACAGCCUUGAGGAGAGAGAGAGAGAGGGCUCUCCUUCCUACCUUCUCUGCUGCUUCUUCCAAGGCCGGGAGAGGGUCGAGGUCCCUCUCUCCAUGGAGAGGAGGAGAGGAGGAAGACGACUCGCGCAAGUCCCCGAGUUCUUCCUCCGCCUCGGUGAAGAGUGGCGGCAGCAAGAAGUGGAAGUUGAAGGACCUGUUCCUCUUCCGCAGCGCAUCGGAAGGGCGGGCGACGGGAAGAGGAAGCAAGGAUCCCCUGCGCAGCUACACCGUGCUGCUGCCUCCCUCUAAGCGGAUCGAUGACAGCGGAUCGGUAGGAGGAGGAGGAGGAGCUGCAGAUCCACACCAAACCGCGCUGCAUCCGAGGAGUUGA